AUGAAACUCUUUGGUGUCUUUCUGUCUGCUGUUCUGGUAGUCAGUCUUGCCAAUGCCUUUCCUUCAGAGCCUUCUACUUGCGAUCUACUCGCAAUCUCAACCUACCAAGAAAACACAAAAGCCAACCCCAAUAUCCAAGCUCUCAUUGACGAUGCAGUUGACAAAGGGCGUUCUGUUGUAAAGAUGGGAUCAGGCCAAUGGAUCCUUCCUUCAGAUUAUCCCAUCGUCUUACCUCCAGGUGUGUCUCUUUCAGGAGAUCCAAAAAAUCCAACCGUCCUAACUGUCAUUGACAAAAACACUACUGGCACUAUCCUUGUACCUGCAUUAAAUCGUGGUUGGACAAUAAAGGGUCUGAUUCUGGAUAACGUGAACAUCUUGAUUGAUCCUCAUGAAAACGAUGAUGAAACAAGUAUCCUUGGCAAUAUAUUUAUUAAUGGUGGCCGUGGGUCAAUUGUAUCCAACUAUGGAGAACAGCUUUAUGUUGAUGGAAAUGUCUUUUUACGUGACAGGAGUCAUGCUGGAACACACUUAAUCCCAAACUACAAUACAACAAAUACCGGUGUACUUUUCCAAACCCAAAAGAAUAGUGUAAUUUCAAACAACAUUUUUGGCAUGGAUCUUCGACAAGUAGAUAAUCUGUCACCUUGGGUUUCUUCUCAGCUCCAGGCUACUCUUAAUAAGCUCAAAUUUUACACUCAAUGUCUUGGAAGAAACCUUGAUGACCAGCAGGGUUAUUUAGCAUCGGCAGUUCAGCUAUACUCUACCAAUGAUAUUACCAUAAAGGAAAAUGUGAUGAAUGCUACAUUUCCAGACAUUGAAAUGACCGAACAGGACCACGGUGUGAGCAUUGUGGGCAGUAACCAGACAUACAUCUACCAGAAUUUUAUUGCUGGUUGGCAAUUGGGUGAUUUUGGUGGAGCAAUGAGAUUCACGUCUGCUGUCGAUGGCUAUGUUGUCUCCAAUUAUCUUGCCAAUACAGCUGUGAUGUUGUACGCAGCUGUCCAUGCUGACUUUAUGCAAGUUAGUAACAUGGUUGUAGCAGACAACUUUCUGUACCGCUUUAUGGAUCCCCAACGAGAUCUGAAUUCACCUGUCUAUGGCUGGCUCUAUGAAGGAAUCACAUUCUUUGACUUUUACACUGCCCGCAACAACUAUACCAUCCGGCCUCCAAUCUGGAACAGCAGUGUGCCUAUCUCACCCUGGGGCUGGAAUAUCGAGAUUACCCACAACAAGUUUGCUGCCACAGCUGAUCUGGAUCCCAACGUGAUUAGUUUGGGUAACCUUGAUCUCAAAGAAGCCUCGGUCGACACUACAAACUGCUACGUAACCCGGCCACUUGAUCCCAAGGCGAGUGUGCCAGGACAAGUACCUGUGCUUUGGCGCCAGACCUAUCUCUUGGACCGUCACGGUCUCAACGGCGCUCGAAUCCCUAUGGAUCUAUAUGUUCGUCCAGAAGAGGACCUAGACAAUGCAGUUCCAGCUCACCUUCGAAACCUCUCCAUUCCUCCUUUCUGGAGAGCAUUUACUCUCAAGAACAAUACCCAGCCCAUGAUGGAUCCUUCCACCCCAUGUAUCUGA